AUGUCUGAUAAUCCUACCUCAAGUUAUUUUGACUAUUUAAACAAAAAUGAUAAUGAAAACUACUUCUUAGAUGGUGUUAUAGACAUUAAGAAAAUUAGAGAAAAAACUAAUUUAACUAUUUCAGAAACUCAGAACUUUAUCACUAAGUCUUUUUUAUCAAAACUCUUCGAUAGAGAAAACAUUAUUAAAUAUGGUAAAAUGAUAAGUGAAGUAGCAGUCCCUAUUGAUCAAACUAAGGGUGAUUUCCUAAUCCAAGUAAUAAACAAAGAACAAAUCAGAAAAAGAUUAGCUAAACUAAGAUCAGAAGAACGAAAUAAAAUAGCUUAUAUUCAUAUUAGUACAAUUCAAAUUAUCUUAAAAUCAACCAUGAAAAUAGGAAUUGACGCACCUAUGGAAUUAGAAAUUCGUGAUGAUAGGCUCCUAAACGAAGAAGAAAGUAUUAUUGCUAAAGGAACGGGAAAUUUAGGAGUAGGAAUAAUUAAAUUUGAUAUUAACCUGCAACAAGGAUUAAGCCUGGCAGAUGGUAAUCUUGACUCUUCUAUCAUUAUAAAGUACGAAUUAAAAAGAGAAAAUUUUAUGAAAGAAAAUAGCAAACUAUUUUCAGUAACUUAUCAAAUAAACUAUGCAUUAACAAAUAGUCACCACAGGUUAACCUUCAAAAAUAAGGAAGUAAUUACUAUAGAAGAUUUAUUUAAACCUUUAAUUCAACUAGAAGCACCAUUAAAGACGGUUAGAACCCAAGAUCAAAGAUGA